AUGGCCCGGUUGCGACUCACGCCGGGGUCGGGACGAAAACCGCGGAUGCUCAUUCUCGGCCACAAUGAACCCGUCGCGCGCACACCGAAGGCUCCGACGAGUCGCCCGUAUGCAGAAUCGCCGGCGAGAAAGCGGGAGGCCGUGCAGGAUCAGGGUAUCAAAGACAACCACAGCUCCCCUGCUCAAUUUACUAGCCCCGAUUCCCUGUUCGUGUCACCGUUCGAAUCCAAGCGAGGUAUUGUCAAGAAAUCACCAGCAGCGAAGAUCGACAUCGACACGAUAGACUUAACUGGCGAAUUCGAUCCCACGGCGUUUUCGUCAAGCACAUAUGAUGAGUUUGGUGAGCCGAGUCGGCUAUGGACCGAAGACGCGGCAUUUCGAAAAGACCCUGUCGAGAACUUCGAGAAGCGUGGGAAGAAGCGGAAGAGCGAUGAAUACGUGUCUGAUCUGGUCUCGCCCCGGAAGAAUGGCGCGAAAGCGCGCUCGCCCUUCAAGGAUGAUAGCCUGACCAUCUCGACACAAAACAUGCACAGGAAAUCCCCGCGAACGACCAAAACCGAUGAUAAACCCCUUCGCGCGAAUAAACCGGCGGCUGCCACUUCCCAUUCCCAUUCCCGCGCGGGCUUUGUCAUCGCCGACUCUGACGAAGAUGGCGAUGAUAAUUUGUUUGACGACUGGAUGCAGAAUGAGGAUGGGCCAACACUGGACUCCCACGAAUCUCUAUAUCCAAUUCUGCCGACAGAAGAUAGUUCGGAUGAGCAUCCGGUUGCCAGCCCUGUGAGAAAGGCCAAACGUUCUUCACCACAAGUAUCCGAUGCGAUGGAUGUCGUCCCGUCCAGUACUCGGAAAUGCAAGAAAGAGAUACAUACCAGUCCUGUACAGAUAUCUCGUGUACCUCCGUCUACCAGCAUCCCAGCUUCACAACCCCAGAACAAAGAUGUGACGAAGUUCAUGUCUUUCGCGGCAGAGGCUCUUGACAGAGUGAUUGCAAGCCAUAGGGACACCCUGACGAAGAACUCGGAAAUCGUAUAUGAGCGGGCAAUGAAGGGAGAGCUCGCCCCUGAUUUGAUUACCGAAAAUAAGACUCUCACGGACAGGAUCGAGGCAAUUGAAUCUUUGAAGCAACUCCGGGUCACCUAUAAGACUUGUGAGUCCAAGAAAGAGGGGCUAAAGAAAAGGAUCAUGCAGGUUAUAACACAAGGUCGGGAUCCGCACAAGAUGCCAGAGCUAGCAGAAAGCCGAGAAGUUUCAUCACAGUUGGAAAUGGUCGGGGCGGACAUACAAGGUCUGCUUGCACGAUCCAAGUUGCUAUCGUCUCUGGAGACUUUGAAAUAUGAAGCCCCCUGGCGUGCUCCAGAGCCCCUGAACCUGUUGUCUGGCCAACCUUCUUCAAGGCCAGCGAGUAUCAGGGAGGACAGCUACCUACACGAUGCGGACACAUUUGUGGCUCCGCCCUCGCGGCCACCUACACGGCCAACGAUGGACUACAAUGGCCCACGCUCUGAAACUUCCACUCGUGUAUCAGAGCUUUCCUUCAAGAAUACCAACGGAACCUCGAGUCACAGAGCUUUUGACUACGAUCACCCUACGACGCUGGAUGACGACGACGUUUUCACCAGGACUAUGGGCUCGCCCACACUACCUCCUGCAGAGGCAGACGAGUUUGACUUGGACGAUGAGGAUAUGCUGGAGGCUGCCGGGUUUUUCGAUAACACAUUUUCGACGGACAAUCACGACCCUCACAAUCGCAAAGUUUUCGCUGAAACGUCUGGAAACGUUUCUCGGUUGCCAGCGUCACAGAAGCCCCAAGGUCAUAAUGCUCUUUGGAGUAACCAUGCGUGGUCCAAAGACGUGAGGAACGCUUUGAAGGACCGUUUCCAUCUCCGCGGGUUCCGUAUGAACCAGCUCGAGGCUAUAGACGCUACUUUGAGUGGGAAGGACGCAUUCGUCUUGAUGCCUACGGGUGGCGGCAAAUCUCUGUGCUAUCAGCUGCCCUCCGUUGUGUCUUCUGGCUCGAGUAGAGGAGUCACGCUUGUGAUAUCGCCACUUCUCAGUCUAAUGCAGGACCAGGUCUCCCAUUUGAAGAAGUUGAAUAUCAAAGCGCACCUGCUGAACGGAGAGACACCGAAAGAGCAACGUCAGUGGAUAAUGAAUACGUUGUCGAGCUCCCUGGCGGAGGAAGACAUCGAAUUGUUGUACAUUACACCGGAGAUGGUCAACAAAAGCCAGGCCGUCAUUCGGAGCUUGGAGAAACUCAACCGCAGCGGCAGGCUUGCGCGCAUUGUCAUUGAUGAAGCGCAUUGCGUCAGCCAGUGGGGACAUGAUUUCCGCCCCGACUAUAAAGAGCUGGGGGGGCUUAGAAACCAGCUAUCGGGGGUUCCUAUGAUGGCGCUGACUGCGACAGCCACGGAAAAUGUCAAGGUCGAUGUCAUCCACAAUCUCAAAAUGGAGGGUUGCGAAGUGUUCUCUCAGAGCUUCAACAGACCGAAUCUGACGUACGAGGUGCGGGUCAAGAAAAAGGGAGCGGAGCUCCUGGCUAGCAUUGCCAAUACUAUAUCAACCUCAUAUAAGAACAAGUCUGGCAUCGUCUAUUGUCUUUCGCGCAAAACUUGUGAAAAGGUCGCGGAGCAGCUCCGGGAUGAGCAUCGCGUCAAGGCAGAGCAUUACCACGCUGGUAUGGACUCUGAAUCACGUGCAAAGGUUCAGCAGAGCUGGCAGGCUGGAAGGACUCAUGUCAUCGUCGCGACGAUUGCGUUUGGCAUGGGAAUCGACAAACCGGAUGUACGAUUCGUGAUCCACCAUAGCAUUCCCAAGAGUCUGGAGGGAUACUACCAGGAAACGGGACGUGCUGGUCGAGACGGGAAGCGGUCCGGCUGCUACCUCUAUUACUGCUAUAAGGACACGACAACUCUAAUGAGCAUGAUCGACAAGAGCGAUGGCAGUAAGCAGCAGAAAAACCGACAGCGACAGAUGUUGCACAAUGUCGUACAAUACUGCGAAAACAAGAGCGACUGCCGAAGGGUGCAAAUCCUCGCCUACUUCAACGAGUACUUCCGUCGACAAGACUGCAAUGCCUCCUGUGACAAUUGCAAAUCUGAUUCGGUUUUCGAGCUCCACGACUUCUCCGAGUACGCCGCUUCUGCCAUCAAGGUUGUGCGCUACUUCCAGUCCAUUGAAGACAAGGUGACGCUGUCUUACUCGGUCAACAUCUUCCGCGGGAGCGUGAAAAGGUUCAGGUCCCCUCAACACCGACAGGCCACUGGCUAUGGAGCCGGUUCGGACCUCGAACUGGGGGAGGCAGAACGGCUGUUCCAUCGGCUUCUUGGGGAGGGGGCUCUUGUAGAAGAGAACGUGGUCAAUGGCGGUAAAUUCGCCGUUCAAUACAUCAAGCUGGGACGGCGUGCCGCUGAUUUUGAGAGCGGCCGCUGUAAACUGAAGCUCGACGUGCGCCUCUCGCCGAAUGGAAAGGGUCGAAAGCCGACUGCAGCUUCUCGAGCAAGCAGUGGUAAAGAGUAUCAUCCGCAAUCUACGAAUGUCUCAUCGCCUGUACAAUCCGCCAACCAGCGUCGUCUGGCUCGCUUCCAAUACCGCGAGGCCGGAGGCGAGUCUACGCAGGAUGAGGACAGCGAUGGCUUUGAACAAAUUCGAGUCGCCGGCAAGCCACGCGCAGAACGAAGGCGUACUCCUGGCCCGCCAAUCACCCAAGACCACAGGUUUGAUCAGCUCGACCCUCUUCAUAAGGCCGUUGCGGAAGACUUCAUGGUCUACGCCAAGAACUAUUGUCAGGACCUGGUGCUACAGAAGGGCCUUCGCAAUCAACCGUUCACCGACAGCAUUCUGCGUGAGAUGGUGAUUGUCUUCCCCAAAGACAUGGCGGAACUUGCUCGAAUUCCCGGCAUCGAUCCGGACAAAGUGAGCCGAUACGGCGCCCAGAUCAUGAAACUCAUCCGCGACACGCAGCGCCGUUACGUGGAGUUGAAGAAGGAGCAGGACGAUGCCGACGGGGUGGUCCCGGAUCCAAAUCAUCACAAUGUCAUCAACCUCACCACCGAGGAUGAGUACAGCGACGGUGGCAUCUUUACGGACCAUCCGUCGACCUUCAAUCUGGACGAGACGGUGUCCAGUCGGUAUUUCUCGACCCAGGCGGCCGACGAUGACUCUGACGAUGACGAGCCCAGCAAGACCAGUAAAGGGAAGUCUCGUAAACGCCAGUCCACCAAGCGCCCUCGUCGCCAGAAUAAUACCGCCCCCAAAUCCCGGGCCAAGACCCCGGGAGCGAGGAGGAAAUCCGGCGAUCGCGCCGAGGGCCGUUCCUCUUUCGCCCGAAAGAACACGAAGACAAAACAACCGAGCAGUCGAAUCGGGAUGAUGCCCAUCUGA